CUAUGUGUGUGUGUGUAUGUGUGUGUGGAUAGAUGGAUGGAUGGAUGAGUGUAUGAAUAGAUGAAUAAAUACACUUAAGAAAAAUCAGUAGAAAGAAAUAAUAGCCAAACUCUUCGUCUUCCUUCUCCUCGCAUUAUUUCGUUUCAUAUUCUCCCCUCUGCGCCCUGUACCGUCCCGCCGCCCCAACACCACCAGGGGUAGGAAUAAAAGAAGUAAUAAUUUGCCAGGCACUCGAGCGUUCAUAUUUCCACGUAAAGUAAAUAAACAUUGCCCGGCUAGUGACGUCACAACAUGGCGGCCGCUCAGUGACAAAGGACGGCCGUUAUGCGCAUUCAUUCAUUAAUCUGCGUUUAUUUGUUUACUUAGCCAUAGCAGGAGAAAGUAUAAUUAAAAACUACUAUUACUAUUAUUACUACUACUACUACUAUUAUUACUACUACUACUAUUACUACUACCACAGGAGCACAGGAGGUGGGCGUAGCGCUCUUCCAGACAGGAGACGUCACGACCAGUAAUAGUUUCCUGGACGCUGGGCUAAAUGCUCUUCCUUCUCUUCGUCAGGUGACGUUGGUAACACACCUCAGGCUGCGUCGUUUGUCCACCCACAUUCCCCUCCUGAGCUACGCCGUGGAGGAGUCCCCUGAUGAGCUGUUUGUGGAGCUGGUGCCGAAGAAGGAUCAGCUGUGUGUGCGGUGCUGCGGGGGCCUCGUGUUCCAUUCCUUCCAGUUUGAGGCGAGGAAGUACAAGUGGCAACAUCUGUGUGUGUCCCUGGACCUGGAGGCUGGUGUGCUGCGGGUGCUGCUUGAUGGGGUGGAGCACACCGGAAGCCUGGAGGAAGCGAAGAGGAGAGCUACUGACGAAGGGAGACAGCUGGAGGUACAGGGAGGAGGGCGCUUAGUAGUAGGACAGAAGCUUUACUCCCUUACUGGUGACUUCAUGUUCCUGGAGACCUUGGACGGGGAGGUGGGAGACUGGAGAAUUUACAAAGAGGCCCUUCCUAGAGACGCCAUGUUGAUUCUGAGUACCUGCAAAAGCGCCACUAGUCUCCCCACGCCCUUGUACGACCUUCAGAACGGCGGCUUGGAGGUCAUAGGGGAAACUAGCACCUACAACACAUCCCUGGAGGAGCUGUGUGAUGAGGAGCCCAAGGAUUUCUUUCUGUUUUUUCCCUUCUGGAUGACUUAUAAAGAGGCAAAAUUAUGGUGUGGGAAACUCAAAGGGUCCGUUAUUCUCCCUAAGGACUCCGAGACCAAUGCCCUUCUGGUGGAUAGGUUCAUAGCAUACCGGGACACCUGCGCGCAGAUCUGGACGCAUUUGUUUUGGGUAGAAGCUGAAGGAGAUGCUGAAGAAGACACGUGGAGGAAUGCUGAAGGGGAGCUGCUCUCCUUCGCCCCCUUCCUGCAGGAGUACGAGGCGGGGCAAGAAGAAGUCCUGUGCGCGGCGGCGGUGUCCCAUAACAGAUACAAGUGGGCGGCCAGUCCUUGCCAGAUGGAGACCUGCGUGCUCUGUACCUUCAACACCCACCCGGAGAUCAGGCUGUAUGGUCUCUGCGAUCACUCCUCCCUAGAUCGCCUCUUCUCCUUUCGCGAGCACCCGAAUUUUGAACUAGUUUUCGAGGGCGCCUCCCAUGUGGUCUUGGCUGCGCAGAACGGGUCAUGGAUGAUGCGCAGUCGCCUCUACCCGUCCCUCAAAGCUGUGAUGGUGGCGCAGUACGAGGGACAGGAUCCUGUUGGCGUGCGCACGUGGGAAGUUGAAGGCGACAGGUGCAGGGAGAAAGAGGUCCAGCUGCUCCUCACCUCCUGUGGCCACGAAGAAUACACCUGUGAUGAUGGCUCCUGCGUGGCCCGAACAGACAGAUGUGACCAGCGUGUGCAGUGUCCUGACCAGAGUGACGAGAAGGGGUGUUCCGUGGUGCUCCUUCCUCCUGGUUACUCCCCCUCGCUGCCCCCGCCCCCUGUCUCCGCCUCCGCCCUCCCUAUCGCCCUCAGCCUCGCCGUCACGUCUGUUAGGGAAUUCGACCUCUCCUCCUUCACUAUCAGUAUGGACGCCAGCCUCAAGCUCCUCUGGCGUGACCAAAGGCUCCGCUACAGCAACCUGGUGGGGGAUUACCGCAUCAACAAACUCAAGGGGUCCACGCAGGUGUGGCUACCCAGUCUGGAGCUGACGGACGGCACGCGCAGCACAGUGGCCGCCGAGGAACACUCCACCGCCACUUACGUCAUUAGGCGCUCCGGUUCCCUGCCUGACGACGACGCCACGCUCAGGAGGGACGUGAUGUACAGCGGCAAACACAACCCGCUGUACCUGUGUCAAGACCUCACCCUUACGUUCAAGUGUCACUUCCACCUGCAAAUGUACCCCUUCGAUCUGCAGGAGUGCCACAUCGUUCUCAGCCUGCAUGACGUCACUGACCAUGUGGGGGUGCUUGUGCAGGACCAGGGCGUGGUGUUCGAGGGCGCCAGACACCUGCUGGAGUAUACACUUUUGCACGAAGAGCUGGAGGUGUACAGCGAGGCAAACCUGAGCCACGCCAGGAUUACGUUCAUGUUUCACAACCAGUUCAGUUACUACAUCGCCAACACCUUCCUGCCGACCUUCAUCCAGGUGCUAAUUGGUCUCGCUACGCUUAAAUUCGACGUGGCAGACUUCCAGGACCGGAUUAUGGUGUCCCUCACAUCACUACUCGUGCUGGCGACCUUCUUCACCCAGACCAGCCAGAGCAUCCCCAAGACGUCUUACCUCAAGCUUAUAGACGUCUGGUUCGUCACUGUCAUCUUCCUGGACUUCGCUAUGAUCAUAUCUAUAGUAUACGUUGAGAUUCUUCGCUUGAGAAUCAAACACCCUAUUGGAGGUUUCUUCGCCAAGGUCGCCCCCGUGUCAGAACCCCAGUCAGGUUGCUUCGCCUCGUGUAAAAAGGCUGGAGGGAGUGAAGCAAGGAGGGACACGUUCUCUCUCAGUUCUAGUAAGCACGAAGAGGUGAAUUUCUGGCUGUUUAAACUCUUCGCGUGGGCUGUGGGGGGAACUGUGGCGACCUUUAUGUGUGUGUGUAUGUAUGGGGUUCUGGACGAGCACUAGCACCGUAUCCUGAAGCACCUCUGCGCUGCACUUCACCUCCACUACUUUCCAAAGGCUCUUGCUGAAAUGACGCGGGUUUUCAAUGGUAUUUUUUACGGUUCUAGUGACAAAUUAACAAGAUUUCUACGUUAUUAACUGGAGAAACACUCAGGCUAAUAAUUUUUUGGCCUUUGAAAAUAAUCAGUGAAAUUACGCAGGCUUUCAAGGGUGUUUAUAUGGUUCUGGUAACAAUUUAACAAGAUUUCUACGUUAUUAACUAGAGAAACACUCAUGAGGACCAGGCUAAUCAUCUCUAUGGCCUUUGAAAAUUGUUGUGCUGAGGGCGUAGAGAGUUUCUGAAUACCUAACUAGUGCAAAGAAGGUGAGAAGAGAAGAGAAACAUACCUGAGAACACUUAAAGGAAGAAGGGAAGAGGCGAGGAGAGCGAAGGGAGAGGGAUGACAGAGAGGAGAAAGAGGAACACGUAAGAAUAUGUAAAGAAGAAAGAGAAAGAAGAGAGGAGAGUGAAAAUGAAUAAAAGAGAAGAAACUGAGAUAGGAAGGGAGAUAAGAGAUAAUGAGUUAGGAAGUGAGGGAGUAAAUGACGCGGGAAGAGAGGAGAUGGGGGGAAGGGAAAAGAGAAAUUAAGAUGACACGAGUAGAAAGAAUGAGAGAAGGAAUGAUGAUGAUGAUGAUGAUGAUGAUGCUGAUGCUGAUGAUGAUUGUACAGUUCUGAUGGUCGUAAUAAUGAUGUUCUCAGUCGUCACCGUAAUUUAAGACCGGAAGGUAUACAUGUUCAAAAUAAAAAUAAAAAUAAAUAAAUAAAUAAACAUAAAAUAUAAUAUAAAAAAAAAGAAAAAAAAAUAGUAUAUAGACGUCAUUCUCACUCACUUUUAUAUAUUUAAUGAUGACGCCCCGUUUUCUGUUCAUUAACCCUUUGACUGCCACCUGGUACACCUUUAACUAAUUACCAGUCACUCUGAGGCAUCUUUACUCGUUCUACAGCCACUUCCAAUCUUUAAACUGCGAAGAAAUUGCAAACUAUUCUUUUUCACCCAUAUUUUUCUUGCAAAUGCUUAUAUAAGGAUUUCAUACAUUGCAAAUUGAAAACGUUAAUUUGAUUUUAGUAUUUACAAUUAGUAUUUACAAUUAGUAUUUAAAUUAUAUGUCUAGUGUUAUAUAUUUAAUACCACCAUGUAGAGUAUGUAACUUAACUUAAACUAACCUGUUAUCCGUGUUUGUUUUCUGUACCUACUCAGGA